ACUGCCAGUUCCGGUACGCUAUCUCGCGCAGUUGUCGAGUCUCCACUUAGAGUACCUUGCUAGAUCUCUGUAUGACCAUCAGUACGAGGAAGGCAAGAACACUCUCAAGGAUGAUGCUUCUGGUGACAACUACGCAGAGCGACUGAAGCGAACCUACACGACCCUUGGCCGGAUCAGUCUGGUUUAUGGAAACCCGUCUUAAUGAACGCGCGGAUGAUGGCCUAACUCCCCAGAACAUGUCUGAUGCGAUUGAGGAUAUGCUCACCGCUUUCGAGAACGACCUGGAGCGCAUCGAGCGGAGCGGAGUACGUGGAAGGGCCAGAUCGGCCGCGUCUCCUCAUUCCAUCCCACCUCUAAUCUUCGCUCGUACAAGGCGCCGGUCGCAAUCUCCUGCUUUCAUCAUUCAGUCCGGCAGUAUAGGUCACCCUAUUCCACCUCCACCUCCUUCGCGUCCCAUAAGCCGUUCGCACUCCCCAGGUUUUCAUUGUCAAUCCGGCAACACGGGUGCCCCUCUUGAUCCCAGAACGCGUGGCAAAGGCUUUCGCGCUUUUUUUCAGGGAGAUCGAGCUUGCCACUCCGCUGAAGACAACAAUUCCGCACGCGCGCAAGCAUCAUCUAGUCCCCAGAGUUUACCGUCAACGCCAGGCCUUCUCACCAUGACUAUCUCUCCCGAGGAUAUGAGCACCCUCUACCACGUUAUUCAAUCUGGGCAACUGACUGAAGCAGCGCUUCGUGCUAUCCAGAGUAUCGUUGCAAACAACCCAUCUCCUCUGAAGAUAGGGACUUGCCUUAAUGAGGAUGGGCAAUUGACAGAGGCGGCGAUUCAUGCCAUCGAAAAUACUGAUGGAGAAAAACCAUCUCGUCCUGUGUCUCCGAAGUCUAGGGUCGCCCCUUAGAUGACUCGUCCUCUCCUCUUGGGACUGGUCCCGGGUACGACACAACAUGGGACAUAUGCCGCUGAAUUGAACGAAAACGUUGUCGGAUUGGCACCUGCCAACAAAGGUAAAAAUCUGGGAUGGCCCGACAAGACGCCCGCAUGGGGACCCAAUCCCCUUUUUGAUUAGGCGCAGAUAGCGUCAAUAGUUGCUGUGGUAGUUCUACUUUUUUGGCAUUGCGACCAGUCCAUGGUUUCCUGGUUCUACAUCGAUAGUGUGUAUUCAGUGGUACCUAUUCCAGAUAGAACGUUU